AUGACACCUCGAAGUCCUACGCUGGAGGAACACUUUUCGGCAGUGCAUUUGCCCCAGCCUCUAGACGCGGGAAGCAGCGACGUAUCGGGCACAGACGGCGGCACGAUUGGUACCGGACGUAGCGCAGCAUCUUCAAAGACGGCUACCUUUGCGCGAGAGCUGGCUGCUCAAUCCACAUCCACGGGCCUCGCUCCUCGCGUGGUCAGAGACAAUAUGGCCAUUACAAGCACCCGGGUGCCAGGAUCCAUCGUGGGCAGUAACAAGGUGGAUACGAGCAGGUCCGCGUAUCGAGUGAUGGACGAGCCCACGGCAGAGGAGAAAGCUAGAGGAUUUACAGAGUACGAAGAAC